AUGUCUUCGUCAGUCCCUACCGCACACACUACCACCGUUUCUAACCCUCGACUCCGGUUGUUGAACAAGCUGAAGAGCGGGGAGAAGCCCUUGUUAACUUUUAUGGCUAUCUCCUCGGUCCGUAUGGCUCAAAUCGUAGCACUUACUGGUCUAGACGGUAUUAUCGUGGAUUGUGAGCACGGUAACAUUGGCGACGAAUCUAUGCACGACGCAGUGGCGGCUAUCUCAGCUCUUGGUGUCAGCCCUCUCAUCCGUGUGCGAGGAACGUCAUCAGACAUAUUGAAGCGAGCAUUAGAUACUGGUGCACACGGUUUGAUGGUACCUCAAGUCAACAACGCUGCUGAAGCCGAGGCAGUCGUGCGAUACUCUAAAUUCCCUCCUCUCGGUCUUCGAGGUCAAGGUUCAGCUUUCCCCGCCAUCGGUCAUGGACUUACCACACCUGAAUACAUGAAGACGGCCAACGAGACCUUGUUGACAUGCGUGCAGAUUGAAACUAAGGAAGGUGUUGAGAACGUCGAUACAAUCGCCGCUGUGCCAGGAGUUGAUCUUGUAUUCAUUGGCCCUAACGAUCUCGCUCAAUCUGUCCUUGGCUACGUUCCAGCAAAAGGUGACGAGCCCGAAUUCAUCUCUGCCAUCGAAAAGAUUGUCGCCGCCGCGAAGAAGCACGGAAAAUGGUCCGGUCGUCUGGUCAACAAUGGUACUCUCGCCAAAUCCGAGUUUGAAGAGAAGGGUUACGACAUGCUUGCCAUCACGGGUGAUACCAAGGCUAUUCAAAAUUGGUACAUAGGAGAGCUUGAAAUUGCUAGAAAGUAG